CUCUCAAUUAUUAGCCUUAUAAUGAUAAAAUUCACAGCCACGAAAGAAAUUACUAACCCUUUUCACUGUCCCAUCUUCAACCCCUUUGUCUUUAUGUAACAUGUUAUCUUUCUUGUCUCCGCCCCAUUCUCUCUUCUGGGUACUCCUUUUUCUCCGUUCUAAGCUAACCCUUUUGAGUAAACCAUCUGAAUUUCCGAUCUGUUGCUCUGUAGUUUGCAGUGCCUGACCCCAUUGGAGCGUGGAUUGAAUAAAUGAAGGGAGCUGUGAUAGUGGCUCUUGCAGCUUCCAUUGGAAACUUUCUUCAAGGAUGGGAUAAUGCCACCAUUGCUGGGGCUAUGGUGUACAUAAAGAAGGACAUGGCUCUGAAUUCUUCAGUGGAAGGACUUGUAGUGGCGAUAUCACUGAUAGGAGCAACGAUUAUUACGACGUGCUCAGGACCGAUAGCAGAUUGGGUCGGUCGACGUCCAAUGCUGAUACUGUCAUCACUGCUUUAUUUUAUAAGUGGUUUGAUCAUGUUGUGGUCGCCUAAUGUGUUUAUAUUGUGCAUAGCUAGGCUGUUGGAUGGAUUUGGGAUUGGUCUUGCUGUUACUCUUGUACCAGUUUAUAUUUCUGAGACUGCCCCAUCAGAUAUAAGAGGAUUGUUGAAUACUCUCCCACAGUUUACUGGAUCUGGUGGCAUGUUCAUAUCUUAUUGUAUGGUAUUUUCUAUGUCGUUGUCGGUCUCGCCGAGCUGGAGAGUAAUGCUCGGAGUUCUUUCGAUCCCCUCCGUCCUAUAUUUUAUACUAACCAUGUUUUUCUUGCCUGAAUCUCCUCGGUGGCUUGUUAGUAAAGGCAAGAUGCUCGAGGCGAAAAAGGUUCUCCAGAGACUCCGUGGCAUAGAGGAUGUUUCAGGUGAGAUGGCUUUGCUGGUGGAAGGUCUUGGGAUUGGGGGGGAGACAUCCAUAGAAGAGUAUAUAAUAGCACCUGCUGAAGGGUUAGAUGGGGAGAGUGCUGCUGAUCAUAGAGAUAAAAUCAGGUUAUAUGGACCUGGUGAAGGCCUAUCUUGGAUUGCUAAGCCUGUCACAGGACAGAGUUCUCUUGCCCUUGCAUCCCGGCAAGGAAGUAUGGUCAAUAAAAGUAUGGCUCUUAUGGACCCUCUUGUCACCCUCUUUGGUAGUGUUCAUGAGAAGCUCCCGGAGUCCGGGAGCAUGCUUUUUCCGAAUUUUGGCAGCAUGUUCAGCACGGUCGAACCUCACGUGAAAAACGAGCAAUGGGACGAGGAGAGCCAGAGAGGAGAUGACUAUACAUCAGAGGCUGCUGGAAUGGACUCGGAUGACAAUGUGCAUAGUCCACUGAUUUCACGACAGGCAACCAGCAUGGAUAAAGACAUUGUUCCUCCUCCUUCCCAUGGCAGUAUUUUCAGUGUGAGGCACCAUAGUAGUUUCUUGCAAGGAAGUUCCGACGCAAUCGGUAAUACUGGCAUCGGUGGAGGCUGGCAGUUAGCAUGGAAAUGGUCCGAGAAAGGCGAGGACGGAAAGGAGGGUGGAUUUAAACGUAUUUAUUUGCACCAGGAGGACAUUCCUGCACCUCGACGUGGUUCGAUUCUUUCUCUUCCUGGUGAAGAUGUGUAUGCAGAAGGUGAGUUCAUCCAGGCUGCAGCCUUGGUUAGCCAGCCUGCUCUUUUCUCUAAGGAGCUUAAAGAUCAGCGCCCGGUCGGCCCUGCAAUGGUUCAUCCAUCCGAAACAGUAUCGAAAACUCCCAUAUGGUCCGCUCUCCUCGAACCAGGCGUUAAGCAUGCUCUAAUUGUAGGAAUUGGAAUCCAGAUUCUUCAGCAGUUUUCCGGGAUCAACGGAGUUCUUUACUACACACCUCAAAUUCUUGAAGAGGCUGGUGUUGAAGUUCUGCUAUCAAACAUGGGCAUUGGUUCUGAAUCUGCAUCGUUCCUGAUCAGUGCAGUCACAACCUUUCUGAUGCUUCCCUGUAUAGGUGUGGCCAUGAGGCUCAUGGAUAUUUCAGGCAGAAGGCGCCUCUUACUGGCUACCAUCCCGGUGCUAAUAGUAUCGCUCGUCGUUCUUGUCGUGUUUGAGCUUGUUACGGUGAGCACCAUGGUGAAUGCAGCAAUCUCAACCAUAUGUGUAGUUGUUUACUUUUGCAUCUUUGUGAUGGCAUAUGGACCAAUUCCAAACAUCCUUUGCUCGGAAAUUUUCCCGACGAGGGUCCGUGGCCUCUGCAUUGCGGUUUGCGCAAUGGUAUUCUGGAUCGGAGAUAUAAUUGUUACCUACACUCUACCCCUAAUGCUUAGUGCUAUUGGUCUUGCUGGUGUCUUUGGCGUCUAUGCAGUCGUGUGUAUAGUUUCAUGGAUUUUCGUCUACUUGAAAGUCCCAGAAACCAAAGGCAUGCCGCUCGAGGUCAUCGCCGAGUUCUUCUCUGUUGGCGCUAGACAGGCUGCUAAAGUUGCUAAGAAUUGAGUCGAGGAAGUUGCAUAUGGCUACAAAAAGUUCAUCUGCUGCAUUAAGGGAUGAACAGGAGGAGGAGCACAUAGCUGCAAGCCCAGAUUCUUUUCCUUUCUUGAAUUCUGCUUUAAGUUUAUGUACUUUGUAUGCACUAACAUUUAGAUUUUUAGUUUGAUUUUAAUGUAACAUAAGUUGGUUCAGAAAUUUUGGAU